UUUUUGCUUUCUUUCUCCGGCCCAACCCUCUUCUCCCUCCCUUUUUUGGUUCCAGGUCCUCACCCUCCCCCCACCCUUCCUUCUUCCGCCACCCACCUCCCCUCUCCUCGCGCUGCUCCCCUCUCCGCGUGCUGCUCUCCUCUCUGCGCGCUCCUCCGUUCGUUCGAAGACGAAUGAUUUAUAGCAUAGACUUGAAUUAGAGAAGGAACACAAGAAAUCAACAUCCAUGGAUUCACAGGGCCAGACAACUUCAUUGCAGAGACUUCAGAAUGUAGAAAAGAGAAUUGUGAAGGUUUUGGAGCUUGCAGGAGGAGUCAUGGAUGAGCUUGCAAGCCCUGUUGGUCCUAGGAAGGAUGUGGUCCAAAACCACUGCCUUGAGUUCAUGCAAUUAAUCAAGGACAUUCAGGUUGCAUUGCGUGAUGAAAUCAAAAGUGCUUGUGAAUAUCGUCCAUUUGAGAAAUGUGAUUAUGGUUCGAGAAUAGCCAAUGAGAUUUUUCACAAGAAAGUGGAAUUUAUUAUGUCCCAGUUGGAUGCUAUAAAACAAACUGUAGAUGAGUAUCAUGUAGCAGUUUGAAAAUGUAGCUUAGUUCCCUGUAGAAGCCUGGGUUACCUCCCGGUAAUUGACUUAUUUGGGAUUGCUUAUUACUAGUUAGCAUGUUGUUUUGGAUGGGGGUAACAAUUACCUUUGUAGAGAUAGGAAAUCAGUGCAUUUAUUGGAUGAUUAUAUAGAAGAAUAUCCCAGUUUCCUGCAAGAAGAAAAGGGUUAUCUUAGAAACAUGUGAAAGUUAAGGGCAUUUUUAAUUUUAGAUUUUUUUUCAUUUUUUAUUUUUA